AUGUCGUUUAAACUUAAUAUUAAUUUAGUUAGAGGUUUUGCUGAAGGACCACCUACCAGUACUUGUAUAACCCAGUUCCCUAAACAUGAAAAUGCAGAAAAACAACAAACUGGAACACCCCCCUUUAAAAUCACAGUUGAUCCGGCUUCAUAUAAACCAUCAGAGACCAUUACAGUUGGUUUAGAGACUCUACAGCAAGUUAACAAGACGUUUCAAGGAAUUUUAGUCAGUGCUCAUCGGAAAUCAGGCAAUCGUGAAGAAAUCCUUGGAAUGUUUACUGAAGUACAAAUUGAAAAAAUGAAGACAUUGUCUUGUUUUGGUGGAAAGAGCAAUGUUGCUGUACAUAAGAACAACAACCCAGUUGAUAGUUUAGUUGUGAAAUGGAUACCACAUUUUAAUUAUGGUGACGUCGAGUUCAGGGCAACGUUUCUAGAAAAUUUCACGACAUUUUGGACCGGAAUAACAGCUGAUUUGAAAGCUUCAAGUAGUGACAUGAUUAAAACGGCAGAUUAUCAGCUUCCAACAAUACAACCAUUUACUGCCAUCAACUGGGAGAAAUGCGGUGAGUCUUAUGGUUGCUUCUAUCACCCAGACGGCUGCACUGGUACUGAUUGCAGUGCGGGCUUGACAUACAAGUCUAAUUCUGAUGGAACCUUUACUUUUGAGAUGGAAGCAAAGGCAGAAGGCUAUGUUUCUAUGGCAAUAUCUAAAGAUAAGAAAAUGGGUGAAGAUGAAAGUAUAGUAUGUACAGCGGAUGGAAGCAGGUUCACUAUUCAAUAUGGCUACAAUUCAGAGCAUUAUGUUGAUAGACAAUAUACGAAAGGUCUAACAAACGUGGCAGUACAGAAAUCUGAUGGUAAAGUUCGGUGUCGGUUUACAAGACGUAAAAUAACUAGUUUGAAAAUGGGGGAGUUCACCUUUAAUCUGAAUGAACCUUGGUUCCUACAGUUAGCUUGGGGAUAUACAUUUAUAGAUACGGAUGUGAUCAGUAAACACAAGGAAGAACCAAUAGUAACUAGUAGUAUGGUGGAUUUAACACAGUAUAAUAUCCAUACUACAUCAUCAUCAACCAACCAGUUCUAUUCAUCAUCUUUAAUCAUCUUCGUCUUCAUCAUCUCUUCUUUGGUUUAA